AUGAGAGGAGACUGUUUCUACUUUAUGACCUCCACCUGUGCCCGGGGAGAUACUUGCUCGUACAGGCACAGUGCGAACGCCAAAAAAAGCUCUGUUGUUUGCGAAAACUGGAGAAACGGGCUUGAGUGCGACGACCAGUGCCCGUACAGACACUCAGACUACCAGCCGAAAGAGAAGCCGCAGACUGAGUGCUACUGGGAGAAGAAUGGAGGGUGCAGGCGGCCAGAGUGCUCGUACGUUCACAAAAAAGCCCCGAUUAAGCAGGAGUAUUGUCUUUUAGACUUGCAGAAGCUGAACUACGAUCUGGAGCGCCUUGAAAUUGCAGAUUUCAAUGGGGAGGGCCCUGCCGUCGUGAAGACCGUUCCGGAGCUGGCUAAGGAGCUGCACGAAAUUGAGACCAUUUUCCACAUUUAA